AAAGGCGAGCUGCGCAGAGUCAAUGCAAGCACACAAACGCAUUUAACUUUAAGAAGAAAGACGCAGUUAAACAAGGCAGCGGCCUGAGUGGUAUUUUUUUUUUUCACAGCUUUCUCUUAAAAGUUUAGCUGUAAGUUGCCGAGUCGGGAUGCCUUUUCUCGGACAGGACUGGAGGUCACCGGGUCAGAACUGGGUGAAAACCGACGAAGGAUGGAAAAAGAGGACAGCAGACGACAAAAACAACAACGUCUCUGUGGAGAGCUUCUGCAAAGUCAAUGAGCCAGAAUGUUUCAACAAGGAGAACCGACUGCUCUCUCUCAGCUAUGACAUGUCUGCCAAGAAGAGGAAAAAAGAUCUGAUGAACAACAACUCCAAGGUCCCCUAUUUCCAUAGGGAAAAGUGGAUUUAUGUUCAUAAAGGAAGCACCAAGGAGCGCCACGGAUAUUGUACACUGGGAGAGGCCUUCAACCGCUUGGAUUUCUCCAGCGCCAUCAAGGACACGAGGAGAUUUAAUUACGUUGUCAGACUCCUGGAACUUAUCGCCAAGUCGCAGCUCCCUUCUCUCAGCGGCGUGGCGCAGAAAAACUACAUGAAUAUUCUAGAGAGAGUUGUUCAGAAAGUUCUCAACGACCAGCUAAACGUCCGUCCUAUCAAAGAGCUCCUGCAGACCCUGUACGUCUCACUGUGUGGUCUCGUUCAGGACAUGGGCAAGUCUGUGCUGGUGGGAAACAUAAACAUCUGGGUGCACCGCAUGGAGAACAUCCUGCAGUGGCAGCAGCAGCUGGACAACAUCCAGAUCAACAGACCUACAUCUAUAGGGAUGACUCUGACCGACCUGCCUGCCAGUCUGCAGCUAAACAUCAUGCAGCGACUAACGGACGGCAGGGACCUGGUCAGCCUGGGCCAGGUGUGCCCGGAGCUGGGGACCCUCACAGAGGACCGUCUGCUGUGGAAGAAACUCUGCCAGUACCACUUCACAGACAGACAGAUCCGCAAACGUCUGAUGGUGUCGGAGAAAGGUCACCUGGAGUGGAAGAAAAUGUACUUUAAGCUGAGUCGCUGCUAUCCUCAUAGAGAGCAGUACAGCGACACCCUGCACCUCUGCACACACUGCCACAUCCUUUUCUGGAAGGACACAAACCACCCCUGCACAGCCAACAACCCUGAAGGCUGCACCACGUCCCUCUCACCUCAAGAUUUUAUCAAUCUGUUUAAUUUCUGAUCCCUGCAACACACACACACACACACUCCCCUGCUCCUUCAAAAAAAAAAAAAAAAGGUAUUCAUUCAUAUUUCCAAGUAUGGACUGGGCUGUACAUACUGUUCUUGUACAUAAAAAAAAAAAAUCUUUUUUGUUUCAUAUCCCAAUCAUGUCCUGGAUGUAUAUUUACUUGCGGCAUGAAUCUGGAGGGGACCCAGGCUGUGGGACAACUAUGCAAUUUUAUUUAGUUUGAGUUUUCGGAUGAGAUUAGCAGCUUGAAGCAUUUGAAAGUGACCGAAUGUGAUGGAGAACGAAGGGAAUGUGGGAGCGACUGGCCUGGGUGACGGUGGGGUGGGAUAUUUGGCCAUUAAAGUUUUGUCUUAGUUUAAUGGGGCCUCUGAGGGAUUUUGGUUUUAUUUUUAUUCAAAUUUUAGUAGUUCAUACUUUUGUUUUUAUUUUUUUUUAUCUGAAAUAGAAAGAUGAUCAGAUUAAAAUGGUGAAAUUAAAAGGCCUCCACUCCUGGGAAGGUGCAAUGUGUUUUAUGUGGAGCUGUGGUCUGCAGUAAUGGGUAAGGGGUGAAUACAAGCAAGGGAAUUGUUGAGAAACCACAAAAUGCUUGAAUUUUGUUUUUAUGCUUUUUUUUCACUUUUAUAUGGAUUUGAUAUUUUGUCUUCUGCUCUGCCAGUUACAGCAGCAGCUGAAUGCAGUAUUACCAAACAUUGUAAUCAAAGCCAGUGUAACAGUGGUGUGUGCCUUUUUAUGAAACUUGAAGCAAUUCCAGCAAAAUAUGUCUUGUUUGCAGCUUUUCUAAACCGUGAUGCUGGUUUUUUUUGUUUUGUUUUUUAAUAAUGUUUCAUUUUACAGAGAAGUUGAGGUGCGAUGCUCUGAAACCAAAGGUCGUUAGUGGGGAGAACCUUUUUUCUGUGAAGACUCCUGCAUGUGUUUUCAAGCAGCCAGCUGAUUGUGUUGUUUACAUAUUUAUUUCUUGAGAUUUUUGGCGAAUGGUUCAAAUUUCAUACUUUUGGAUGAAAGAAGUGAGUUUUAAGUGUAAUGGGGGCCCUUUGUCACAGCUUGAACUUUGAGGAACAAUGUAUGUGCUAUGCAAUGCAGUCUGUUUAUGUUGAAUAAAUAAAGAAAGUGAAACUGA